ACCAUAAGACGACAACAGCAAUUGGAAGCGGCUGAGCGUCGGCGAGUAGAGAAUGAAUCGAGAGGAAUCAAGGAUGUUGACAAAGUACGCCGUAUGCAGCAAAAAGCGGAAGAAACAGCUAGAAGGGAAGAUGAAGCAGCACGAAUGGGCGGUGGACAACCUGCUUUGAGGUGGCAGCAAGAUUAAUGAAAACAUCACGAUGCUUAUUACGUCAACCAAAAAUCAAGAUAUGUGCAUUGGGUAGUUCAUCGUUUCUUUAUUCAAAUAUUCAAUACGUUGUGUCUUGUAGAUAUAGAUAAUGUGCAUGAUUCAAGUUUGGAAAUUCCACAUAAAAGCAAGAUUUAAGUUAAGUA